AGUAUUACAUGCUUUUUUCUUUUUUGUAUAUUGCACACUUUUGGUCAUCGGUGGUGUUACGUAGUGGCCGAUCACAGUGUGCUGUGCUGUGCUAUUAUUGCUGAUGUUGUUUUUGCAUUACUAUUGUUAUAACUGACAUAUAUGAUAUAGUGUUGUUGCAUGGCGAGGUGGAAUGAGGAUGGAGAAAUUGGAUUUAAGCUUUAUUAAAUAUGCGCUGGCGGAACCGCUCAUGAACUUUACUUUUCUUACACCUUUUUCCAAAACUAUUGGAGUAGGGGACUCGAAGCUAUGCGACACGAAGCUAUAGAGUAGUUUGAUACGCAGCUAAUUCAGAUGAGAAAGCUCACAGUUCGGCAUGGUCAUAGUUUCUGGUCAGCAAAUGUGUUAGAUUUAAACUGUGCAUACUUUCAUCGGGAUGUACACAAUGAAGAGCGCGACGGUUACUUAAGAAAAAAAUUAAAAUACUAUAAACAAUAGUGAUUACUAACAAGUUUUUCUUAAUUAUAACGGUAAAAAUAAUUGGAUAUUGUCAAAAUAUUAAUAAAUAAAUACUGCAAUUAAUACCUACGAAUUUAAACUCGUAUUAAAUUUAAAUUUUUGUGGCGGAUAUUGUAAACCCGUUUCCGGUACGAGGAUACUCGAUCAUUUCAUAUUGCAAACGACUGAGUUCAUUUACCAUUUACAAACAAAAAUAAAUCAUAGUGAUUAAUAUUUUUUGCUGAUCAACUAUUGUGUAAUCACUCCGGUAACUUACAACAAAUACGUAAAUAUCAACAUACAUGCGUGCAUACAUAAUUGUUAAGUGUAUAUCAUACAAGGUGUAACUCAAUAGAUGGAUGAAUGGUUUAGUGCGUUACAUAUGUCAUGUGAUAGCUUAUAAAAACGAUCCAGUUUUCAAAAUAUUGGAUUUAAUCGACAAUUAAAAACAAAACAACAUUAUGCGCAUAUGUGAGUUAAUGGCAGUGGAAAAGGCAACUCCACUUCAACACUUCUUCGACGGUGCUAAUAUACUGAUAACCGGAGGAACAGGUUUUCUUGGAAAAAUAUUACUCAAUAAAUUAUUUACGUCAUGUCCUGGCAUAGAGAAUAUAUAUAUUUUAAUUCGCAAGAAAAACAACAAGGAUGUACACACACGUGCGGAGGAGAUAUUUGAUGAUCCGAUAUUUAAUGCUAUGAAAAAAGUGGCCCCUAAAUUUCGCCAUCAAGUCCAAGGCAUAGCAGGAGACUGCAUGUUGCCCGGAUUGGGCUUAAGUCGAGAAGAUAGAAAACUGCUCACUCAACGAGUGAAUAUCGUAUUUCACAUGGCAGCAACAGUGCGAUUUGAUGAAAAACUAAAAGUAGCAAUGCAAAUAAAUGUGAAGGCAGCGCGCGAUAUUAUGUUGCUAAGUAGUGAAAUGAAAUAUCUGAAGAGUGUCCUGCACGUUUCCACAGCAUAUACCCAAUGUCCUCUCCGACAAAUCGAUGAGAAAUUUUAUCCACCACCCAGUGAUUCGAAAAACCUAAUACUUCUGACAGAAUGCACGCCGGACAAGUUACUGGAAUCCAUGACGCCUGUACUAUUAGGAAAAUGGCCAAACACUUAUACCUUCACAAAAGCAGUUGCCGAAGAUAUAGUCAAGAUGUACGGCAAAGAAUUGCCAGUGGGCAUGUUUCGACCGGGUAUAGUAAUUUCUACGUAUCGCGAUCCCGUUUGCGGUUGGAUAGACAAUUUCUAUGGACCAACUGGAGCGAUUGCCGGAGCUGGUACGGGUGUCAUACGAACAUUACGGUGCGACCCACGAGCUGUCGCUAACAUGGUCCCAGUUGAUUUGUGUGUGAAUAGUAUAAUUGCAGCGUCAUGGGAUAUAUCACAGAGACACAACACUAUUCAACUCGAAAAGGAAAUUCCUGUUUACAAUUUUUGCACAUCAAAAUCCAAUCAGCUGACUUGGGGUGAUUUUACAACCAAAACAACGAAAUACGGCCUAAUGUAUCCCACAAUCAAGGCUCUUUGGUAUUUGUGUUACGCCAACACUCCCAACAAGUUCCUGCACUUGUUGUCAAUAUUUUUCUUACACUAUGUACCCGCUACCAUUUUUGAUGUAUUUUGCAUAUGUAUGGGGAAAAAACCAAGGUUACUAAAUACAUAUAAAAAAAUCCAUAGAUUUAUGCAUGUCAUUGAAUACUUCUCAAUGCGGCAGUGGGACUUUCAAGUAGAUAAUGUGCGAAGUUUAUGGCAUCGGCUAUCCGAUAAGGAUAAGGAUAUAUUUUUCUUCGACAUGACACAACUAGAUUGGGAUUUAUUUCUACAGCAAUACUUCCGGGGUAUACGACAAUAUUUAUUACAUGACCCACUAGAUACAAUACCGCAGGCACUUGUAAGAUGGAAUAGGUUAUAUUGGUUGCAUCAAUGCAUAAAAGUACUUGUAUUAUUAUUAUCAGUACAUAUCAUUUGGUUGAUUUUCUCCAAACUAUUUUAAACUAACAUUCAUAACUGGCGAGAAAGGAAAAUCGCAUUUAUUUAAUAAUAUAUAUAAUAAAUUUUGCAUAAUAUAUACAUGAAUUACAUUUUUUUUUUAUUAAUACCGAAAUAAAACUAUAUUUCACUGUUAAGGACCACGCUUCCUUUGAAGCUCAUGAUUUCAUAUUUGAUUUAAAAGUUUGUCUCAUAAGCUUGUCGCAGUGCUACAGGGUUUCUUGUUGAAACCAUCAAUCGCCUUAUCGAACCUUUUCACAUGUUGGGAAGUAAAUAUAAUAAGCCGCAAUCAAACAAUUUUCAUCUACUGUGAUGUCCAAUGCUGAUUCUAGAGGGAGCGUCGGGCGAAUAAAUAAUUAUUUUUUCAUGCAAUGACUUUUCAUAAAUCUCGAAGAAAUAUUCUGUUCGCUAACUAUUUUUAAAGCAAGCGGUACCACUUUCGAUACUUUUUCUUGUUUAAAACGCUCUCUGUACUUCGUACUUAUGCGCAAGCUUUAGAAAGAGAAAGGAAACAUCUUUGGAACCUUCUUUUUUUCAAUAAAAUCUGCAUGUUACAAGUUAAAGAGUCAGAAACAUCAAGAAUGCAUCUACUCGAAUCCACCACUGAAGGUCCUCCAACUCUUAUUUGUCACUCGGGAUUCUUCUCCACAAACUCAAACUUUAUAGUGUCAUUUCCCUUAUAGAGUGAAUAGGGAGAAAAUGGAUGUUAACCAAAUUUCUAAAUAAACUUGCAAUUGUAACGGAAAACGCUAAAUUUUAAAUAUAGUACAGAAGAGGUGAAAGGGAUUAUAUAGCGCAUCUUACGUUUAGUCACUUUGAUUAUAUUUGUAUAGCACAUAUCUGAAUAGAAGGUGUCUUUCCAAAAUUAAGCAAAAAUAUUUUGAUUCAUCAUUUAGUAAAAUGUUGCUAAAACUAGUAUUUUUUUUAAUUCCUCCGGAUAUUAAGCAGCUACACAUUUUUUUAAGUUCUACAGAAGGUCAAAAAUCUGUAAACUUCUUCACUAGGUGCUGCUUGUAUUUUAUGUAUAUGUUCUUAUGUUAUAUGUUCUCAGCCGGCAUAUUUAAUUUACGACCAGCUAUUUAAUUAAUCAAUAUUUCGGGGAAAAAAAUAAAAUAAAAUCGUAAUAUUUUAAGCACAGUACACAUUUUAAACAAUAUAAAACGCUAUUUAUUUUGUUACAUAAAAAUACAUUUAGAGUAAAUAAUUUUCUAAAUAACAUAAUUAUAUGCUGAUUUAUUAACUUCAAACAUAUAGUACAGAAGUGAUAAAUUAUAUAUUUCUAACAGAUUUUGAAUACAGUUGAAUUAAAUAUCUUCUAGCAACAAAGAACUGGUUCAAUUCCAUACAAAUUUUUGGCUCCAUUUCAUAUAUAGCAUAUGUAACUUUUUAGUGAUGAAAUAUUUGAAUAUCUACCUCUCCGGUCAUAUGUGAGUUGUAAACUGAUAUUUGGAGCAUUUAAUAUGGAAUAUUAUAUUUGCCACUUAAAAUAAUAUAAUAUUCCUCGCUAAGUUUAUUUAAAAUUUUAUUUCAAAAUUAAAUCCGAAAUAUGUUACAUAUUUAUAGGAAAAUAUAAAAUAAACUACGUUAUAAAACAUUUAUUAAAUAUAGCAAUUCAAUAUUUUUUUUUUCGUUUCCCAGGAUUUUCUUUUUUCUUGUUUUCUUUUCUGGCAUUUCCUAAAGCUUGUAAUUAUAGGAAUCUAUUUGGAUUUGACUUGAAUUGUUGAUUAGUAGAAAGUUUACUUCAGUUUUAGUUCGGUUUAAACUGGACAUUCACAUGCUUAAUUUUCACGUCAGUGGUAUUUGAAUCAGAGCUGAUUGUAACAUCACAGCUAUCUCUCUGAUUUAAGAAAAGUAUUUCUGUUGAAUGUUGAAUUUAAACAAAAUAAUCAGUUAAAGGUAUAAUACCGUUAUAUAUGAUAUAUCCAAGGUGCAUUAAUAAUAUAUAAUUUUUAAUACAAAUGGAUAAUAAAAAUAUUACUUUUGAUACAAUUGUGAUACUGAAGAAUAUAAAAAUUUGAAAUCUGUGAUAGCUAAGUGAGAGUUUCACCUAUAAAUGUAAUCGCUCCCCGUGAUUAUAAUAUUAAUAGAUGAAUAAAAAUAAUUAAAAAAACGUAUAAUAAAAUACGGAACUAAAACAAUCAUUGCUUGCAAUGAUAUUGAGUUAAAUCGAUUUGACAAUACCUAUUUAUUUCCACAUUUAAAAGACUAUUACAUUUUUAUCUAGGCAACAAGAGAAAUAUUGCGUUAGCUAAAGGAAACUAAUUACCGUUAGUUUUAAAUUUAAUUUUCAACUAAAUUUUGAAAAUAUGCUGUAUAAAAGUUUUAUAAAUUUAAUAACAUUGAAAAAUAAUAAUUAUUUAACUCAUGAAAUGAUGUUAUUAAGAAGUCCAGAAAACAAAUAGAUAUUAACAAUAAAUAGAUAUACGUGCCAAUAAAAUUUGAAAGUUGGAAGACAACAGCUCCAGCAAUGCAUUAUAAAUGAGAAAAAAACAUUUGAAAAAUAUUUUGACACCAAAAAUCUCUCAUUCGAUGCCAGACAAUCAUUCAAAUAUCUGAUAUUUGUAUU